CAUCCUGCGUGAGGAAAAAAAUUGAAUUACGCCACGUGAAUUUUCAUUUGUUUUUGUUUUCAACGAUGAUUUUUAAUAAUCAACUACGAGAUAAUAAAUAUUCAUCUUUGAUGUGUGAUUAUUUAUAAAUGGGAAAGUUGAACUUGAAAGAAUCAUCGAAUUUCCAAAUUCGUUCUUCCUUACAUGCCCUUCCACCAUGAGCUCGAAGAAGGACUGGAUUCGAUUUUUUCGCAAUGCUGGUGUUUAUCCAGCUUCGGAUGUAGCGAAGUACGCGAAAACAUUCGUCAAACACAGAAUUAAAAACGACAUGUUGGGAGAAUUAAACGAAUUCCACUUAAAUGAAAUGGGGAUCACAAUUAUGGGUGAUGUUAUUCGUAUACUUCGUCAUUCAAAACAUGUCCACGAAGAGAUCAUCAAGACUAAAAUUUCCGUACCAAACGGUUCUAAAAAAAUUCAAGAAAAUAAAGGUACGUCCGGACUAGCCACUGGAUAUUCUAAACUGAAAGAGAUGUGCAGGGAAAUAAUACUCGAUGACGAUAGCCGCGAAUUUCUGCUAUUCUUAGUGGAAGUGUUGAUCAUGGUGGUAUGUUUUAAAGUAGUUCACGUGUUAUACCUAUUAUACCAUGGUGAAACAGAAGAAUUCUAUUCCUACUUCAGUAAAAUUAAAAAAAUGUUAUGUUUGGAUUGGUUUUUUUUUAGCUGAUAAUGUGUAAAUACGAUAUUGUAAAAAAAAAAUGUCCAAUUAUUGAUUCAUAGAAAGUGAUUUUCCCUACUCUUAUAAUCUAUGUACUUGUUUAAUCCUAAUUGUUCGUAUUAAGUUUUUGUUACCCAGGUUACAUAUUUAUUGUCUAAUGUUUAACAAUGUAUAAUACUGUAUUUGAGGAAACGUUUCUUUUUGAUAAUGUAUAAGUACGAUAUGUAUACUUACAAAGAAAAUUUUUCCAACUAUUUAUUCGUAGGUAAAACGUGAUUUUCAUUUUUCUUAAUCUAUGUACUUGUUUGAUUAUAAUUAUAAAGUUUUCGUUACGUUA